UUGAUCCCAACCAAACGCACCGUUUAAUGCCAAUGAACCAGUUGACGAACCAUGGUUUGAAACAAAAGCGCCAAUUGACUUUGAUGAGCGCCCCAACUCGGGCUUUUACCGCCGCCGCUGCAGCCACUCGAUCCGUCGCCAAAACUAAGCAAUUCCAUGGCCGCCUCAUCACAUCAGGCUCAGUCUCGCCGCAAGUCCGCUCAAAUCUUGCAAAGUCUUACGCUUUAUGCAGUCACGUUCCGUACGCGCGCAAACUGUUCGACGAAUUGCCUGACCGGAGCUCAUUUUUGUACACUUCGCUGAUGCGGAUGUAUGUAUGCAAUGGAUUACCCUAUGAGGCACUAGACGUGUUUGCGCAGAUGGUGGCCUUAGGGAAGUGUUGCCCGGAUAGAUUUACUUAUCCGGUUGUGAUUAAGGCUUGUGGUGAGUUGUCCUUGAUUGAUGUUGGUGUUGUCAUUCACGGAAGAACGGUAGUUUGUGGGUUCGAUUUGGAUGGAUUUGUUCAGAACUCUUUGGUGGCAAUGUAUAUGAGUUGCGGGGAGAAGGAAUCGGCAAAAAGGGUUUUUGAUGCAAUGCGAGAACGAAGUGUAGUGUCUUGGAAUACCAUGAUCAGUGGGUACUUUCGGAAUGGGUGUGCCAAGGAAGCUUUGGGUAUUUUUGAUUGGAUGAUGAAUGUAGGUGUGGAGCUGGAUUGCGCCACUGUGGUUUCUGUGUUGCCGGCUAUUGGUUCCUUGAAGGAGAUAGUGUUGGGAAGACGAGUUCAUGCCUUUGUCGAAGAGAAGGGUUUGGGGAAAAUGAUAAAGCUGAGAAAUGCAUUGGUGGAUAUGUAUGUGAAGUGUGGUAGCAUGAAUGAGGCACGAUUAGUUUUCCAUAGCAUGGGUGAGAGAGACGUGGUGACUUGGACGAGUAUGAUCAAUGGAUACAUUUUGAAUGGUGAUGCAAGAAGUGCAUUGGCACUUUGUUGGCUGAUGCAGCGGGAAGGUGUAAAACCCAAUUUCGUAACUAUAGCUUCUCUUCUUUCAGCCUGUGGGAGCUUGCAUCUAUCAAAGCAUGGACGGUGCUUGCAUGCAUGGGCUAUUAGGCAAAAGCUCGAAUCUGAUGUUAUGGUGGAGACCGCUUUAAUUGACAUGUACUCAAAAUGCAAUUGUGUUCAUCGCAGCAUUCAAGUGUUUGCAAAGACUUCAAAAAAGAGAACAGUUCCCUGGAAUGCAAUUAUCUCCGGCUGCAUUCAUAAUCGGCUUGGUAGAGCGGCGAUUGAACAUUUCAAACAGAUGCUCAUGGAAGCAGUACAACCCAACGAAGCAACCUUGAACAGUCUGCUUCCUGCAUAUACCAUUCUUGUUGAUUUGCAUCAAGCAAUGAAUAUACAUGGUUAUGUAGUACAAUCUGGGUUUCUUUCAAGUAUUGAAGUUGCUACUGGUUUGAUUGAUUCAUAUUCGAAGUGUGGAAGUUUAGCGUAUGCUCACCAAAUUUUUAAUGAAAUCCCAGAAAAAGAGAGAGAUAUUAUCCUGUGGAGUGUGAUAAUAGCUGGUUAUGGAAUGCACGGCCAUGGCGAGGUUGCCGUUUCACUUUUCUAUCAUAUGGUUCGGUCUGGGGUGAGACCAAACGAUGUCACUUUUACCUCUGUUUUGCAUGCUUGCAGCCAUGCCGGUUUGGUGGACGAGGGCUUAGGAUUGUUCAGAUUCAUGCUUGAAGACCCAAACGUGAGUCCUCAAACUGAUCACUACACGUGCAUUGUGGAUCUUCUUGGUCGCGCUGGUCGGUUGGCAGAAGCUUAUGAUCUAAUUAGAUCAAUGCCCUUUCAGCCUAAUCAUGCCAUUUGGGGUGCACUACUCGGUGCCUGUGUGAUACAUGAGAAUGUUGAGCUGGGAGAGUUGGCUGUUAAGUGGCUUUUUGAGCUCGAGCCAGAAAAUACAGGAAAUUAUGUGUUGAUGGCCAAAAUCUAUGCUGCAGUGGGAAGGUGGAAAGAUGCAGAAAAUAUGAGACAUAUGAUGAAUGAAAUCGGGUUAAGAAAAACACCAGCUCACAGUCUGGUUGAGGUCAGAAAUAUGUGAAACAACUAGAGCAUCUCUUGAAAACAGAAAUGGUGAGGACCAAAUGAAUAGGGAGACACUGUUACCGCUGUGGGGAAUGUUCGGGGCCCGAAUGAUCGGAUCGAGAUGGUGAGGACCCUGUUUGGGGGGGAGUACGUUGUCCAUGGCGUUGAGCAUGAAUGCGUGAGCAGUUUGAAAAAAAGUGUUGCAAGUCCGACGACGAUCGAGUUGGUUAAGUUUCAAAGGGAAAUACUUAUUGGAGGUUGGAGUCUCGGUCUGAAGAGGAGCAAGGCUGACUGGCUGACUGCUCUUGUAAUUACGUAGUUGGAUUUGGAUGGGGUAUGUUUGUAGGACAAUGCUAGGAAGACCAUUAAUUUAAAUUAUAUUUUGAAAAUUAUUUGACAUGUGGAUUAUUAUUAAGUGUUGAUUAACGUGUUUAUUUUUUAUUAGUUAUA